CAAUACAUUUUGAAGCCGAAUGAAUGUGAAAUAAAAAGAUUGUACGUGGAUGCGAUUCCAGUCAAUAUUCAAAUAACGGUCCAGAUCCAAAACAAAGUUAGAAAUUUUCUUAAAGCUUUUGCCAGUUGUGUGAGUGAGUCCAUAUGGUAUCACUCAUCAAUGGCGGAUUGAAUCAAAUCGAAUGGAAUCGAAUCCCACGAACCUUCUCAGUCUAAGGGACUGAUACCAACCGCCCAACGUUCUCCUCUUCACUCUGCAAAGCGCCAUGGAUGUACGGGCGGAAGAAGGAGACCCACGACUUCAAAGAAGCUACUGGCGGUGGAGCAAGCGAGACUUUUUCCCCGAGCCUUCUUUCGAGAACUUCUCUUCUUACAGAGCCGCUGUCUCCGAUACAUGUUCUCGCCUCAAGGACCGUCUUCUAGAUCGGUCGACUGACGCCACAGAGCUCGUCGAGCUCCGUAAAGAGAGUGGCCAUGAGAUGAAGCGUUGCCUCACGUGGUGGGACUUGAUUUGGCUCAGCUUCGGCGCCGUCGUCGGCUCUGGAAUCUUCACCAUCACUGGUCAAGAGGCCCGUGUAGACGCCGGACCUGCCAUUAUAGUCUCUUAUGCCAUCUCCGGCAUCACUGCUCUGCUCUCCGUCUUCUGCUAUACCGAAUUCGCCGUCGAAGUUCCCGUAGCCGGAGGCUCCUUUUCCUAUCUGAGGAUCGAGUUAGGGGAUUUCGUGGCGUUUAUUGCCGCCGGGAACAUUCUCUUGGAAGCCCUCGUCGGCGCCGCCGGGCUGGGUAGGUCAUGGAGUUCGUAUUUCGCCAGUAUGAUCAAUGACGAUCCUAAUUUUCUUCGAUUUCGGGUAAACUAUUUCGCUGAAGGCUUUAAUUUUUUAGACCCAAUUGCCGUUUUAGUUCUCUUAAUCGCAAAUGGUAUAGCAAUGAGUGGUACAAAGAGGACAUCUUUCUUGAAUUGGGUCACCUCCAUACUUAGUAGUAUAAUCAUUGUGUUUAUAAUAGUUGUGGGAUUUGUUCGUGGCAAGACUUCGAAUCUGAGCCCUUUUUUCCCAUAUGGGGCUGAAGGUGUCUUUAGAGCUUCAGCUGUUGUGUAUUGGUCUUAUACCGGUUUUGAUAUGGUGGCCACUAUGGCCGAGGAAACUAAGCAGCCAUCUAGAGAUAUACCAAUUGGUUUGGUUGGUUCAAUGAGUAUAAUCACUGUGGUUUAUUGCCUAAUGGCUUUGGCGUUGACCAUGCUGCAGAAGUACACUGAAAUAGAUAUAAAUGCUGCCUAUUCUGUUGCUUUUGGAAAUAUUGGCAUGAAUUGGGCUAAGUAUGUGGUUAGUAUAUGUGCUCUUAAGGGAAUGACCACAAGUUUGCUUGUUGGGUCUCUCGGCCAAGCUCGGUACACCACUCAGAUUGCAAGAUCACAUAUGAUUCCACCUUGGUUUGCUCUUGUUCAUCCGAAGACUGGGACCCCAAUUUAUGCUACACUUUUGGUAACCAUUACUAGCGCAAUAAUUGCAUUCUUUACGAGUUUGGAUGUUUUGUCUAGUGUCUUCUCGUUUAGUACACUCUCCAUUUUUAUGCUUAUGGCUGUCGCUUUGCUAGUCAGGAGGUACUAUGUUAGGGAAGUGACAGAAAAGGUUGAUUUGCUCAAGUUUCUUGCUUGUUUAUCUCUUGUGAUUGGUUCUUCUAUUGGAGUAACUAUACUUUGGAAUACAAGUACGCGAAGUUGGAUUGGUUAUUCAGUGACAGGUUUUGUUUGGCUUGUGGGGAAUUUGGGGAUGGCUUUGCUUCCAAAGCAAAGAGCUCCAAAGGUUUGGGGAGUUCCUCUUGUUCCAUGGCUGCCUUCAUUGUCCAUUGGUAUGAAUCUUUUUCUCAUUGGAUCUUUGGGAGUUGUUGCAUUCUGGAGGUUCUUCAUCUGCACGGCUCUUAUGCUUAUUUAUUAUAUGCUUGUUGGUCUCCAUGCAACUUAUGAUAUGGCUAAUUCGUAUGAACAAAAGUGAAAAACAGAUGCAAAUAGUGUGGCAGUCAGGUGUGCAUACUUACAGAUCUUGUACAUGGCUUAAGAUAUUUGGUGGGAAUAAUACAAAGGGAAUUUCUUUUACAGUCUGUCAUCUUCAAAUAAGAUUUUGCCCGAACAGCUAGAUAAUAUUCUGUUUCCCUGUAGUUAUGGUAAGGCACUAUUUUUUCAAGUUAUUGAUUUAUCAAUGUGAUUCAGUAUUCAUUAAAAACUUGAUCAUAGAAAGUUAAGAUAUGCAAUCUCUGUAUCAAUGCUCUGAGAUACAUGAACCGUUGUAUACCAAUUGUUAGAUAUGUACCCAGGAUGUCAUGCCUCAUUUAUUCUGAUCGAGACAUCUAAGAUCCUUUCAGUUUACGUUGCCAAAUGUGAGACACAAUACAUGUCUAAGUUUUAUUUUAUUUUGAAUAAUAUAUUAAUUCUUACCAAAUUAAUAUAUUAUUCAAAAUAAAAUAAAAAUAGCAAGUACUACAUUUUGUACUGUUCCUCUGCAAUGAUUUCAUUGAUGAUUGCUGGUUGGUGGAAGUUCAUUAGUUUA